ACGCCGGCACCGCCGCCGGCGCCGCCAACACCCGCGCCGCCGCCGCCACGGCCACCAACACCACCACCACGGCCACCAACACCGCCACCACGGCCACCAACACUGCUACCAACACCAUCAACAACACCGGCACCACCACCACUACCACCACAGCCACUGCCAACACCACGGCCACCAACACCAACAACACGGCCACCAACACCACCACCACGGCCACCAACACUGCUACCAACACCAUCAACAACACCGGCACCACCACCAACACGGCCGCCGCCACCACCACCACCACUGGCACUGCCACCGACACUGCUACCAACACCAUCAACAACACCGGCACCACCACCAACAUGGCCACCACCACCACCACAGCCACCACCAACACCACCAACACCACCACGGCCACCACCACCACCACUGGCACUGCCACCAACACCAUCAACAACACUGGCACUACCACCACCAUGGCCACCACCACCACCACCACCACUGGCGCUGCCACCAACACUGCCACCAACACCAUCAACAACACUGGCACCACCACCACUACCACCACAGCCACCACCACCACCACGGCCACCACCACCACCACCACUGGCACUGCCACCAACACUGCUACCAACACCAUCAACAACACUGGCACCACGACCACUGCUACCAACACCAUCAACAACACUGGCACCACCACCACUACCACCACCUCUACCACCACCACCAAAACUGCUACCAACACUGGCAACAGUAUCAACACUGCCACCAACACCGCUACCACUACUGGCAACAGCACCAACAGCACCACCACCAUCAGCACCAAGACCACCACCGGCACUGUCAUCGGCACCAUCACCACUACCAACACUCGCAACAGCACCAACACUGCUACCGCCACCACCAACAACACCAACAACACCGCCACCACCAACACCACAGCCACCACCACUACCAACACCAAGAGCACCAACACCACCAUCAGCACCAACACCAACACUGGCACCACCACCACCACCGCUACCAACACUCGCAACAGCACCAACACCGCCACCAACACCACUUCCAACACCGGCACUGGCACCACCACCACCACUGGCACCACCACCGGCACGAACCCCCCAUGGACCCUCAUCCCCCCCCGGACUGACCCAGAGCCAAAGCCCCCCCCCAGGGACACUGGGGUCUUUCCAGUGCCCCCAGUGUCCCCAGUGCCCCCAGGUCGCUGAGUGGCCCCAGACGCCCCCUCGGUGCCCCCCAGAUGCCCCCUGGGACCCUGCUGCCCCCCUGCACCCUCAAGGGACCCCCCGGCCCCCCUCCACCACCAUCCAUAUCCAUGAGGGUCCCCAAUAUCCCAGGAGCCCCCCGAUAUCUAUGGGGUUCCCCAAUAUCCCAGGAGCCCCCCCCAGUAUCCAUGGGGUCCCCCCAAAUCCAACGAGCCCCCCAAUAUCCAUAGGGCCCCCUCAGUAUCUAUGGGCCCCCCCCAUAUCUCAGGGGCCCCCCAUAUCCCAGGCCCCCCCAUAUGCCAGGGCCUCCCCCAGUAUCCAUGGGGCUCCCUAUCUCCCCAGGGGGGUCCCCAAGCCCAGGGGCUCCCCAUAAUCCUGGUGUAGCCCCCCCCCAAACUCAGGGGACCCCCCUCAAAUCCUUGUGGUCCCAAAACCCAGGGAUCUCACCCCAAAAGCCAGGACCCCCCCCUAAACCCCAGGGGUCCCCUAAAUCCUUCCCCCUACCCCAUAUCCCAGGGGUCCUUCAUAUCUCAGGGGGUGGAUUUGGGGGGGGGGCAGAGCAACAACCCCCCCCAGCCCCAGGUUUUGGGGGGCCUCCGUGCUGCUCUUCCCCCCAAUAAUUAUUUUUAAAGGUUAAUUAAUAAA